UGUCAUUAGUUGUAUUUACGCUUAUACUAUAAUGAAUGAUUUACCAAAAAGUGUUAAAGAUAAUCAAGAAAUAAAGGAAGCAACACAGGAUUCGGACAAAUUAGAUACAGAAUGCUUUAUUAUUUCAGUAGAAGAUUUACCAGAAGUUAUUGCAGCUAUCAAUGAAGCUUUGGAUGUGGAAGAAGAAAUACAGAAUUUUAAUGAGUUAAAUAAUAAAAUUAUUAACAAUGCAAUCGAAGCUGUUGAAGAAUCAAUUAAAAGAGAAAAAGAGGCAUUUGCAGAAGUGGAUAAGAUAGAUAUUAAAAUACUGCCAAAAAAAAAACAGGUUUCCGAUGAGUUAGAGAAUGAUUAUGAUGAAUGCAUUGCAGAAAUCGUAAAUGAAAUUAAAGAAGUAGAAGAAAAUCUGGUUAAGGAAGGUAAACUAGAUAUGGAAGAAUUAUUGUCAUCAGUAACAUACAUUCCUGAAAACUAUGAUAUCAUAAUAGUGCCCAGUGAAGAAUCUGUAGAAAAUGACUACAUGACAAAGGUUGGAAUCAGAGCAAAAGAUUUAAAGAAAGAAGACCUAGUCGAAGAGGAGUUUCAACUGCGUUCUGGAAAGAGAGUCACCGUUAUGGUUCCAAGAAGUGUUGCUAUGAUAGAGCCCCAAAAUGCGGAAGGCUAUGAAUUAGCCUCAAAAAGUUCAUUGGAUAUAGAGAGUGAAACCUUAAACGGCAGUCCUUCUAAGGAAAAUGGUUGGAAACCAGCUUAUACUGAAACCAUGCGCAGUAAUCACAGCUAUUUUGCGCCAAGAAGAACAAUAAAAACGAUUAAUUUUUUUAAAGAACGGCCAGAGAAAAUAGACCCAAACCUAAAAACUAUGACACCAAAUGUAAUUUCUAUUAACAGUAAAGAAAUAGAAGUAAAAAAAAAUACAGAUGUUAAGUCUCACUGGGUAUGGGAGGAAUAUGACGGAUACGAUAUACAUAAAUAUAUAAUACCGGUUGUUCCUUCUCCGAAAUCUUCCAUGGAGGCACUAAGUUAUCCCCGUUUAGACAGUGAGACUCAAAAGGUUAAGAAGAACUUUCAGUCGAUGUUAAAAGAUGAUUUGAAGGAAAAGCAUGUCUGUUGCGAGUUUUUACCGCCCAUAACCUUGACCAAUUUGCUAAUUGAAAAUGUGAUUUCAAAAGCAAAAGGAAACCAUCAAAGAUUAAUCUCAAACUACGGCGAUCCAAGUCGUUGGACUCUAUUAGAAUGCGACGUUCCAACUGGAUCAUUCGAAUCUCGCUGGCCCUCGAUUAAAGAAUUUACUGAAGAAGUGGGAUUAUCAGCAAUCGAAAGACAUAUUGUAACUACUAGUUUGUUCACAGAAGACUGGAAGUAUACUUUGAUGUUCUAUAAUAAGGAAUUUGAUAAAGUUAGUGAUUACUAUAAUUACGUGGUUAGAUUUAGUUUGCCAAGUGAACCAUAUCCAGUGUCCCAAGUGUCAGCUAGUUUAAUAUUUCAUAUUGAAGUUAGUAAGGUGAUUCCUCCACAAUGUCCUGUAAAAGUGACAUUUGAAAUCGAAGGCUGCAGACAGAAAAAUGAUCCAGAUGAUUUUAUCCUAAGAGACAGCAUUCUGUUGCCAUUAUUAAAGAUAAAAAUGAAACACUUUAGUACCAUUACUAUAUAAGUUUAUAAUAUCAGCCAAGGUUUAUAAUUUCCAUAAACAUUUAUUUUGGUUGUAUAACAGAACUGAUAAGCACCUUGGUAACAACUGCUAUCAUAUAAAUAUAUAUAUGGAAGAAAAAACAUUAUGUUUAAUAAAAUAAUAAUUUUAUUUUUAAUAUAUUAAAGGGGAAACAA